UUAUAAUUUCCAAAAUUGACCUUAAUUAGUCUGAGAAUUAAGGUAAAUACUGUCCAGAUGAAUGAUAAGGGUCUUCAUUCCUUCAAUUUUUAUAUACCGUUCGCUAAUUUGAAAAUUAAAAUGUUUUCUACAAUCUCCCAGGAUUUUCUAUUUGGCAGCUCUGUGUAGGUGCGUGCCUUACAAGAAUAACCCUGCCCUGCCCGCUAAUCCCAGCUCUCCUCAAUCUCACCACUAUUCGGAAAUGCACCAAGGAGGAGGACCUCCUAGAUUCCUAGAGAGAUCGGCCUGUCGUCUGGGGAGCCGGAAGCCCUUCCCGAGGCACUUCCUGUCCGGUCAUUGUUCUCUCCCCGCUUACUGCAGAGAGGCUCUAUAGUCUCAGUCCGAGAAACUGGCGCUGGCGUGCUGGGCUACCGUGGUGAGCGGGUCGCGGCGGGCGGGGAGAGGGGCAGGAUCGCUCUGCACCGACCCAUCGCCUCGCGGGCUCGGGAGAUAGCAUCUCACUAUGCAGCCCUGGAUGGCCUAUGUAGAUGAGGCCUCUGCUUUCCAUGUGCUGGGAUUAAAGGAACAGUACUCAUCUUGGCACUGGGAAGAAACUCAGAAGCCUUGGAGACUUGAAGAUUAGAUAGGGUGUGGCCAAUGUUGGGUAUUCCUCAGCUAUUCAAAGACUCCCCAUUGAACAGAGAAGAUGACUGCAGAAUUGAAAAAGACUAUGGGCCGAGCCUCUUGGAGCCCAGUGAAGGUGAAAAAGGAAGAGGAUGAGGAUGAAAGUAUAAGUCAGGCAUCCGGUCAACAAGUGUGCUCUGAGAAUGUCAAGGUCUGGGCCCCCGGGGAAGGUCCUUAUUUAAGCAUUGAUGUAUCAGAAGAGGAGGAAAAGGGUCAGAAAAUGUUCUGGGACAUGGCAGUGGUCCUAAAAGCAACACAGGAGGCUGCUGCACCCCUUGGGAGCUACUCAUUACCAGGGACUCUGGCCAAGAGUGAAAUCCUGGAGCAUCAUGGGAACCCAGCCCUGCUAGGUACUGAAACCAAGAACCUACAGUUACUGGUUCCUAAAACAGAGAUAUGUGAUGAAGCAGAGGAGCACCCCAUGAUUUUAGGAAGAAUCCAGAAAAGUGACCUUCAAGGACCUGAGCUAGGAGAAUCUUAUGAAAAGGGAAAUGUGUUAAAAAGGCAGAAAAUAAAGAGGGAAAAAAGAGAUAUAAGAAAAGUAACCAUGAAAGACUGUCCAUUGUCUGAAAGCUUCAGAGAAGACGAAGACCAGAAAUCUAGGAAGUCUAAGAGGAAAUAUAGCCUUAGUUCUGGUCCAGCUAAAAAUCAGAAAAUACAGCCUGGGCAAAAGCCUUUUACAUGUAGUGAGUGUGGGAAAGGCUUUAGUCAGAGUGCAAACCUUGUUGUGCAUCAACGAAUCCACACUGGGGAGAAACCCUUUGAGUGUCAUGAGUGUGGGAAGGCCUUCAUUCAGAGUGCAAACCUUGUUGUGCAUCAGAGGAUCCACACUGGACAAAAACCCUAUGUUUGUGCAAAAUGUGGGAAGGCCUUCACUCAGAGUUCAAAUCUGACUGUACAUCAGAAAAUUCACUCCUUAGAAAAAACCUUUAAGUGUGGUGAAUGUGAGAAAGCCUUCAGUUAUAGUUCCCAACUUGCUCGGCACCAGAAAGUCCAUAUAACUGAAAAAUGCUAUGAAUGCAAUGAAUGUGGAAAAACAUUUACUAGAAGCUCUAACCUCAUUGUCCAUCAGAGGAUCCACACUGGGGAGAAGCCUUUCGCCUGUAAUGAUUGUGGCAAAGCCUUUACCCAGAGUGCAAAUCUUAUUGUGCAUCAGCGAAGCCAUACUGGUGAGAAGCCAUAUGAGUGUAAAGACUGUGGGAAAGCCUUUAGUUGUUUUUCUCACCUUAUUGUGCAUCAGAGAAUUCACACUGCAGAGAAACCUUAUGACUGCAGUGAAUGUGGAAAAGCCUUCAGUCAACUCUCUUGCCUUAUUGUCCACCAGAGAAUUCACAGUGGAGAUCUCCCUUAUGUGUGUAAUGAGUGUGGGAAGGCCUUCACUUGUAGCUCAUACCUACUCAUUCAUCAAAGAAUCCAUAAUGGGGAAAAACCUUAUACGUGUAACGAAUGUGGUAAGGCCUUCAGACAGAGGUCGAGCCUCACUGUCCACCAGCGAACCCACACGGGGGAGAAGCCCUAUGAAUGUGCAAAGUGUGGUGCGGCUUUCAUUUCUAACUCACACCUCAUGCGACACCACAGAACCCAUCUUGUUGAGUAGCAAGAAAGGGUAUUUCUCUGCUGUUGGUCAUAGCCUACUGCUCCCAAUAGUAGGCACCUCUGUUCUGCUUUAUUCUCCCUUUGGUAAAACAAAGCCUAUACCCUUUCAAGUUACUUUUCUGGAAGGGAAAGUGACACAAGCAUUUCAGAGGCUAAUUUAAAGAAAAUAAAACUUAAACAUCUAAAAGCCAAGAACUUUGUUUUAACUGUUUUUAAGCAGUCAUGUUUUUUGAAAUGGAACGGGGCUCUUUUUCUUCCUAUUCAUAUAUUCACUGGUGCCAAUCCAGCUAAGCUUCUGAGAUCAGAUGAAAUCAUGCACUGUGGGUGGCGUGGGAGCAGAUGGAUUGUGGCUUUUAUAGGAAUGGGUCCUGAUGAAUAUAUAUGUAAUGAGCUUAUUUGGGGAAAAGUUUUUGUUCAGUACUCC